AUUGGAGGAAGUGUGCAUUGUUUUGAGAAGUACAUUCAGACAACAACAGUACAUUUACUGUAUUUGCGGUUUAUCUGUCUUCACAUGUUAUGGCAGGGAGAUAAAUCAUAUACUGCUGUGCCGUUGGCUUUGUGAAGAAACGGGGGUUUUAACCUGAGUUCUGCGUGCAUAUUGGCUCACUACAUCACCAUCGUGAAUGGACCAACCCUCUGACUGGAAACAACGACUGCUGAACUGCCUAUGAAUGGUUGCAUUUUUCUGUGUUAUUGCACAUGCAUGAUGCAUGCAAUAUCUUGGCAUAGCUAUACGAAGAAGAAGUCUCAACACGGAUGAGUACAGAACACUCGUGGAUUUUGCUGUAGCAGGCGACCCAUCUUGUUUACCUAUGCGGUGAACGUCGACGUCUGACUGUUUCAACUUCAAAGAUGAACAGGAAGAAAGACAAGGGUUUUGAGAGCCCACGACCAUAUAAAUUAACCCACCAGGUGGUGUGCAUAAACAACAUCAACUUCCAAAGGAAGUCUGUGAUAGGCUAUGUGGAGCUCACUAUAUUCCCCACUGUUGUGAACCUGAACCGCAUCAAACUCAACAGCAAGCAGUGUCGCAUAUACAGAGUACGGGUCAAUGACUUGGAGGCGCCAUUCAUUUACAAUGACCCAACCUUAGAAGUCUGUCACCAUGAGUCCAAACAGAGGAACCUUAAUUAUUUCUCCAGUGCCUACACGGCCGCCGUGAGUGCUGUGGACCCGGAUGCUGGCAAUGGAGAGCUGUGCAUCAAGGUGCCCUCCGAGCUCUGGAAACAAGGAGACGAGAUGAAGGUGUUGAAAGUGUACAUUGAGUUUUCGCUGGACCAGCCCAAGGGGGGCUUGCACUUCGUCGUGCCCGACGUAGAGGGCAGCAUGGCGGAGAGGGGGGCACACAUCUUCUCUUUCGGCUACCAGAACUCCACACGUUUCUGGUUCCCCUGCGUGGACUCGUACUCGGAGCUGUGCACGUGGAAGCUGGAGUUCACGGUGGAUGCCUCCAUGGUGGCAGUGUCCUGUGGAGACCUGCUGGAGACCGUCUACACCCACGACAUGCGCAAGAAGACCUACCACUACAUGCUGCCCAUCCCCACCGCCGCCCCCAACAUCUCCCUCGCCGUCGGGCCCUUCGAGAUCCUCGUCGACCCCUACAUGCACGAGGUGACCCACUUCUGCCUGCCUCAGCUGCUCCCGCUGCUAAAGCACAGCAUGGGCUUCCUGCACGAGAUCUUUGAGUUCUACGAGGAGAUCCUGACGUGCCGCUACCCCUACUCCUGCUUCAAGACUGUCUUUGUGGACGAGGCCUACGUGCAGGUCUCCUCCUACGCCUCCAUGAGCAUCUUCAGCACCAACCUCCUGCACAGUGGCAUGAUAAUAGACCAGACCCCUAUGACGCGCCGCUGCCUGGCCCAGGCCCUGGCACAGCAGUUCUUCGGCUGUUUCAUAUCCCGCAUGUCAUGGGUUGACGAAUGGGUUCUGAAGGGCAUCUCUGGCUACAUCUAUGGUCUAUACCUGAAGAAGACCUUUGGUGUCAAUGAUUAUCGCCACUGGAUUAAGGAGGAACUGGACAAGAUAGUGGAGUAUGAGUUGAAGAUGGGAGGAGUUUUGCUGCAUCCCACAUUUGGUGGCGGGAAAGAGAAGGACAAUCCGACUCCUCACCUGCACUUCUCCAUCAAGCAUCCCCACACCUUGUCGUGGGAGUACUACCGGAUGUUCCAGUGCAAAGCUCACCUGGUCAUGCGCCUCAUCGAGAACAGGAUCAGUAUGGAGUUCAUGCUGCAGGUCUUCAACAAGCUGCUGAGCCUGGCCAGCACGGCGUCGUCCCAGAAGUACCAGUCUCACAUGUGGAGCCAGAUGCUGCUCUCCAACACCAGCUUCCUCAGAGCCAUCUCCAACGUCUCUGGCAAAGACAUCGGGCCCCUCAUCAAGCAAUGGGUAGACCAGAGUGGGGUGGUGAAGUUCUUUGGCAGCUUCGCCUUCAACAGGAAGAGGAACGUUCUAGAGCUGGAGAUCCGCCAGGACUACACUUCCUCUGGCACACAGAAAUAUGUGGGACCCAUUAAAGUGACGGUACAGGAACUGGAUGGCUCCUUCAACCACACCCUGCAGAUAGAGGAGAACAGCUUGAAGCACGACAUUCCAUGCCACUCUAAAAGCAGAAGGAAUAAGAAGAAGAAGAUUCCUCUGAUGAACGGAGAGGAAGUAGACAUGGACCUGUCAGCCAUGGAUGCUGACUCGCCCUUGCUGUGGAUCCGGAUCGACCCGGACAUGUCCAUACUGCGUAAGGUGGAGUUCGAGCAGGCGGACUUCAUGUGGCAGUACCAGCUGCGCUACGAGCGGGACGUGGUGGCUCAGGAGGAGUCCAUCCUGGCGCUGGAGAAGUUCCCCACCCCCGCCUCGCGCCUUGCACUCACCGACAUCCUGGAACAGGAGCAGUGCUUCUACAAAGUCCGCAUGCAGGCCUGCUUCUGCCUGGCUAAGAUUGCCAACUCUAUGGUGAGCACAUGGACGGGACCGCCUGCCAUGAAAUCGCUCUUCACCCGCAUGUUCUGCUGCAAGAGCUGCCCCAACAUCGUCAAGACCAACAACUUCAUGAACUUCCAAAGCUACUUCCUGCAGAAGACUAUGCCGGUUGCCAUGGCUCAGCUGAGGGAUGUCCAGAACCUCUGUCCUAAAGAAGUGCUGAACUUCAUCCUGGACCUCAUCAAGUACAACGACAACAGGAAGAAUAAGUUCUCAGACAACUACUACCGUGCUGAGUUGAUCGAUGCCCUGACCAACUCCCUGACGCCCGCCAUCAGCAUCAAUAACGAGGUGCGCACCGUGGACAACCUCAACCAAGACGUGCGCCUCAUCCUGGAGGAGAUCACGCGCUACCUCAACAUGGAGAAGCUGCUGCCCAGCUACAGGAACACCAUCACCGUCAGCUGCCUGAGAGCGAUCCGCACGCUGCAGAAGAACGGCCACAUCCCCAGCGACCCCAGCCUCUUCAAGUCCUACGCGGAGUUCGGCCAUUUUGUGGACGUGCGCGUGGCGGCCCUGGAAGCUCUGGUGGACUACACGCGAGUCGACAGGAGCUCAGAGGAACUGCAGUGGCUCCUUACCAUGGUCCAGAAUGACCCCACACAUUAUGUCAGGCAUAAGAUCCUGAGUAUGCUGGGUAAGAACCCUCCCUUCACCAAAGCUGCCGAGGCCAACAAGGCAACAGAGUCGCCACUCUGCAAUGAGGCCCUUGUGGACCAACUGUGGAAGCUCAUGAACUCGGGUACGUCUCAUGAUUGGCGCCUGCGCUGCGACGCGAUGAACCUGUACUACACGCUGUUUGGCCUGACGCGACCGUCCUGCCUGCCGCUGCCGGAGCUGGGCCUGGUCCUCAACCUGAAGGAGAAGAAGGCCUUGCUCAACCCCACCAUCAAACCCGAACAGCCAGGGGGCGCUAGCGAGCUGCCCACCGCCAUGGCCUUCUCUGUCAGUACUAUGAAGGUUGAGGAGGAGCACCUGGGUAUGGAGCAUGCGGCCCCCAUCCCCAUCCCGCUGCCCAGCCAGGCCCUGAAGAGGAAGCUGGACACCCCCCUGGGCUCGUCCCCAGAACCGGGCCAGGUGCUGCAGGAUGAGCCCAGCAUCAAGCUCCCCUCCAAGGGCAGGUUUCCCACUCAGGACGAGGAGGACAUUGACAUGGAGACCGUUCAUGACAGCCAGGCCUUCAUCUACCAUCACCUCAACAUGCUGGAAAGGCCGUCCACACCAGGCAAAGAGCCUCCGUCGGUGGAGCAGAGCCUUCUCUCCAUGCCCUCGACGCCCAUGCCACUGUUCAGCAAGGAGAGCAGUUCCUCCUCCAAGCACGGCGGUGGCGGCGCCAGCGAGCACGGCCACCAUCACCACCACCACCACCACGAGCACAAGAAGAAGAAGAAGAAGCACAAGCACAAACACAAGCACAAGCACAAGCACGACAGCAAGGAGAAGGAGCGCGACUCCCACGCCUUCAGCAACAGCCCUGCCAGCGGACGCUCCAUGCGCUCUCCCUCCCUGUCCGACUGAUCUCCCCCUCUCCCGUGGGUCAGUGUGUCAACCUUGUAGUGGUAGGCUGGGGGGGUCUCAUAAGCAUCCCUCUCCAACUGAGGAAUUCGGGGAGGUGGUAUGUGACGGGUAGUCUUGGUUAUUCAGACUCUUGUAUUACACUUCUUGUUCAUACAGACGGUCUUGCUGUGCUUCCAUUGGUGACAUUGAUUUGACCACAGCAAUCACUGAAGACAUUGGUGAAGCUGAGUUCGUUUGCUACCUGAGUCGUAGAAUGUAGCAUACAAAGAAGGACACCUCAUCUCCCCAUACUCACUGGCCUGACCCAGUAAAGAUUCUACCAGAGUGCACCAUGAGAAAACAUGUCGAUGGAAGCUCAGCCAGACCUUUUGCACUGAAGAGAAGUGAAGUGUAGUUUGAGAUCGGGUUCAGUAGGCUAGUAGUGGGUGGUUUG